AUGCCAAAUGCCAACCAAAAUCCAACCAGUGUUCCAAAUAGAUCUAUGAGUGAGGAGUCUCCAUAUAAUUAUGGAGAUUAUAUCAACAUUGGUUUCAGUGAAUUCGAAUUCCUUCAAUCCAAGCAACGCGAGAUCGAACUUCAACAAAAAUAUGAUCUGGCUGCCAUAUUACUUCAUUGGCAACGAUCAGCAAAUGUUGUAGAAGCCGUAAAUUAUUUACUUGAUUCUAAUCUUUUCAAAGAAAUUAUCAUUUGGAAUAAUAAUCCAAAUAUAAAUCUUGAAAAAACUAUAUUUAAAAAAAAUAAUCAUUCCUUAGAUUCUAUUCGUAUAAUCAAUUCAAAAGAGAAUCUCAAAGAUGAAGCUAAAUAUCGUGCAUGUGCUGAAGCAAAAACUAUUGCUUGCUUCUAUUCUGAUGAUGAUUGGAAUACAUCAUUCUAUCUGAAAAGUCUUAUAGCUGAUUUUCGAACUGAUCCUUAUGUCUUGCAUUCUGUUACUGAUCCAUACACAUUCUAUACAAAUUUGAUGUGGACCUAUUUCGAUAACAAAAUCGAUUUACAUACUGGUUUUUCAUGGAUUGGUUGUGGAAGUAUAUUCUUACGUGAACAUGCUCAACAACAUCUUCAAUAUUUACAAAUCUAUUUGAAAAAUCAUCGUAGUUUGAUUUAUUUUAGUGAUGUAUUUUUUUCUAUUUGGCUCAAUGAUAUUCCAUCACAAUUCAAUAUGAAUAUUCGUCAUUUACCUGCAAGUAGUACUGGUGUAUCAUUUUCGUCGACAGCGAAAUUCUUACAAUAUCAAUAUGAAAGUUCAGUUUUAGCUAUUCGUAUUCUAGAAGAUAAUCUACGUCAAAAUCAAUCGAAUGAUACAAAUCAUAUAGGCUUUUCACGUCGACAAAAUCGUCAUUUUCCAUAUUAUGUCAAAUCAUCAAGUCCAAAAGAUGAAUUUAUAUUUUAUAGUAAUAUCGUUCCAAUUGAUAUUGAACAUAUUCCAUUCAAUAUUUCAAAAGAUUAUGAAAGAGGUACACGAAACAAUCUACCAACAAGAUCAAAAGUUUCUUUUUUCUUAUCGCAUACGACCUUGAAAGCAGUCGAUGACGAUCCAAAAACUUGUUGGCAUCCUGGACGAAAUGUACGUCAAGGAGAAUUUUUUGCUAUAGACUUUUUAUAUAUUCGAACAAAUCUAUCAUUUUCCCUUACCAUUGGACAUACAUGGGAACUACAAAAGAAUAUCGAUAUAAAAUUAUCAUUCGAUGGUUUAUGGUGGAUUACUUAUCGAUCAUCGAAAGGAAUUACAAUAAAAAGUCAAAACUCGAGAUCAAAUAAACAACAAUAUGUGAUUGUCUUCAAUUCUACUCAAUUCAAUGCUGGUUUUCACUCUUUUAGAUAUAUUGCUUUUAAUGCAAGUAGAAUUUCUUCUUUGGGCGAAUUUCAGGUAUGCGAUGUCAAAAUUAUAACAAAUAAUACUGUUACAACAUUGUAUUGA